AUGUAUGUGCUGUCUCGAACGAGAGGCAGCGUUGCCCGCUACCCACGGCGGGAAGUAGCCAAGGCCGUGACAGGUCUGCGCGGCUACCACGACGAGUCUUUUGGAUAUCGCAAGCCACACGAAUUCGUCUUCCCAGACUACACGGCUGAACAGCUGAAGAAUCGGUCUGUCAAUGCAUCGCUGCUGCGCUACGUCGACUCUAUGCGUAUUCACGGCCAUCGCGCUGCGAGGAUUGACCCCUUGGAUCUUAUACACCGGGAAGAAGUCGCUGCUCUCAGUCCAACUCGGUAUGGCUUGGGCCAAGAUCAAGGGGAGCAACAGCAAUACAACGUCGACGGUAUUGUAUGGACCCGCCCAGUGGGAUCUGGCAAGGGUGAAGAUUUGUGGAGCUUGGAGGAUAUUGUAAAGACCUUGGAGGGAAUCUACGUCGGUCGAAUUGGCUACGAGUUCAUGCACUCCACCUCCAAGACUGAGCGCCUCUGGUUCUCUCACCUGCUCGAGUCCCAGUCCCUGCCAUCACCAGAGAAGAGCACGCUUACCGAGAUCUGUGACGAGAAGAAGCGAAGGAUAUAUCAACUCUUAGCACGGAGUGAAGUCCUCGACCACUUCUUACAGGCCAAGUUUCCUAACUUGAAACGGUAUGGUCUUGAAGGAGGUGAAUCAAUGCUUCCUGCUCUCGACGUGCUGUUCAGCUCAGCUGCAUCGAGCGGUGUCAGACACACAGUUCUCGCUAUGCCCCACCGUGGGAGGUUGAACCUCUUGACCGACUUGCUACAGUAUCCACCUUCGGCACUCUUCCACAAGAUCAAGGGAGGUUCAGAACUUCCGGAGGAGUAUGGGGCCGAAGGGGAUGUUCUCAGUCAUCUGGUCUCGUCUCCAACCCUGUCCUAUGGAUCCGGUGCCUCGAUCAAGGUGAAAGCGUUGUUAUUCGACGCAAAGGCUAACGCUUGGCCGACAGAGGCCGUGAAUCCCGUUGCCAUUGGAAAGACGCGCGCCAAGCAGUAUUCCUUGCUUAAGACCUCACCAGCAGACUGCAAGCUUGGAGACAGGGUCAUGUGCGUACAACUCCACGGUGAUGCCAGUUUCAUCGGUCAAGGUGUUAUAAUGGAGACGCUGGGAAUGAGCAAUCUACCCCACUAUACGAGUGGUGGAAGUGUCCAUCUGGUCGUCGACAUUGGAUAUACAACCCCAGCUUCAGGCGCCCGAUCCUCGAUGUAUUGCUCGGACAUUGGCAAGAUGAUCAAUGCACCUGUCCUUCACGUCAAUGGCGAUUAUCCUGAGGACGUCGCACGGGCCAUGGAAAUUGCGUUCAGGUAUAGGGAUUACUUUAGAAAGGACAUCAUCGUCGACCUACUGGUCUACCGUCGAUGGGGUCAUAACGAACUGGAUUUGCCUGGUAUCACGAGCCCGCUCAUGUAUGAAAAGAUCGCCGCCCGAAAGUCUGUUCCUCAGCUGUAUGAGGAAAAGCUGCUGGAUGAGGGGGUUCUCACUGCCGACGACGUUACACGGGUGAGGGGUAACUGGAAGAGCCAUCUCGAAGCCGAACUCGCCAAGGUUUCUUCGAGUUUCACUCCAUGGUAUCCUCCGACCCUGGACGGGUCCUGGAAAGACAUGGUUUGGCCGACAAGCAAAGAGGCCCAACAUAACCCGGAUACUGGUGUUGGACGCAAUGUACUGGAAAAGGUUGGGCGUGCCAGUGUCAAAGUUCCGGAAGGCUUUGAAAUCCAUCCCAAGCUACACCGACACGUCAAGAACAGGCUUCAGAGUGUCGAAACUGGCAAGGGGAUCGAUUGGGCUACUGCAGAGGCGAUGGCAUUUGGUUCAUUGAUGCUCGAGGGCAAUGAUGUUCGAAUCUCUGGUCAGGACGUUGGUCGUGGUACCUUUAGUCACAGACACGCUAUGCUUGUGAACCAGAAGACUGAAGGUGUCAUUGUUCCUCUGAAUGACGAACUGGCGGCGAAUGGAAAACUCGAACUCGCAAACAGUUCUUUGAGCGAGAUGGGCGUUCUUGGGUUUGAAUACGGCGUUAGCUGGGAACGACCUUCUAUACUUCCUAUCUGGGAAGCCCAGUUUGGUGACUUUUUCAAUGGCGCUCAAAUCAUCAUCGACACCUAUAUAUCCUCUGCGGAGACCAAGUGGAUGAGGCAGAGCGGUAUUGUUCUUAUGCUUCCACACGGACUCGACGGUGCUGGGCCCGAACACUCGUCCUCUCGGAUUGAGCGGAUGCUCCAGUUGACGAACGACCGCUAUUCCAUUAGCGAAGACCCCGCCAACAUUAACAUGCACGUAGUGUACCCUACAACGCCUGCUCAGUACUUCCAUCUCCUUCGAAGGCAGUUGGUCCGCAACUAUCGCAAGCCUCUCGUCAUUGCGGGGCCCAAGGGCUUGCUUCGACUCUCGGCUGCUUCUUCUACGAUGAAAGACCUUGAACCCGGAACCAAGUUCCAACCCGUCCUCGAUGACCCCGCUAUCACUGACAAGUCUACCGUCAAGCGCGUAGUGAUGCUGUCCGGCAAAGUGUACUAUGAACUGAUCAAGGAACGCGAAGCACGUUCGCUCACCGACCAAGUCGCAUUUGUUCGGCUCGAAGAACUGGCCCCAUUCCCAUUCGAAGAGCUGAAAGAGAUCCUGGAGCCGUAUACGAGAGCAGAGGAAUUUGUCUGGCUUCAGGAGGAGCCCAGGAACCAAGGCUGUGGUCCGCAUGCUCUUUCGCGCAUCCAGGAUGUGUUGCGCGAUAUCGGAGAAUCGACUCCACUCCGUUUUGUGGGAAGGAAGGAGAGCGCGGUGCCCGCCCCUGGAAUUGGAAAGAUGUACCAGGUCCAGCAGAAGGAGGUGCUGGCGUCUGCCUUUGAGGGGUUGUAG